AUGGUCCCUUACUCCGUACUUCGCUCACCAGUGAUAUCCCGUCUCGUCUUUCAGGCAAGUGUUCCACUCGGGACGGCUCAGCCGAGGUCCGAGUCCCUCAGGAGAGGCCCUUGCGCUAGUCGUAAAAACGUCGCAAUACCCUAUUUUAGGCAGAACUACGCUCGCCAAAACAGGCCGAACUGUCAAAACACUCCAGGGCAACAGCGAUGUUCCAUUCAAAAGCAAAAAAUUAUCGUCACUGCUUCACUGUUUCUGAUCAAACAGGGAAAAGUGUCGCGUGUCUGGAAUAGAGAUGUUGACCAAUAA